UUAACGAAUUUAUGUAACAAGAUCAUUUGCAUACGUAAUUUUGUGUAAAAUUAAGCUAAACUUUUGUAGAUCUGCAAUGGAAGUUUCAGUACAAGUAAUAUUUCUAAUGUUCUUUAUGAAAAGUUGGAAUUUCAACAAAGCUUAUAUUCCAUCGGGUUACCUCGGAUGCUACAUAGAUAAGACUGACCGCAUUUUAUCUCACAGAAUGCCUAAUUCAGCACUCAACUCGGGCGACCAGUGCAAGAAACAAUGCAAGGCCGCCGGGUACAGAUAUGCUGGAACAGAGUAUACGGUCGAAUGUUUCUGUGGAAACGUCAUAAAAGAAUAUCCAAAAGGGUCAGAGUGUACAGCUAAAUGUCCUGGAAAUAAGGACGAGAUAUGCGGAGGGACGUGGCACAUUUCCUUAUAUGAUACACAAGAAAACGACGAAUCUGAUAACUUGGAGACCUCAGAAGUUUAUGUACCAUCGGGCUACCUCGGAUGCUAUAUAGACAAAGUCGAACGCAUUUUGUCUCACCGAAUGCCAAAUUUCGCAAACAACACUGGAGAUCAGUGCAAACAACGAUGCGAGGCUGCGGGAUACAGAUAUGCUGGAACAGAGUACACGGACCAAUGUUUCUGUGGAAACGUCAUAAAAGAAUACCCAAAAGGGUCAGAGUGUACAGCUAAAUGUCCUGGAAAUAAGGACGAGAUGUGCGGAGGGACGUGGCACAUUUCCUUAUACGAUACACAGGAAAACGACGAGUCUGAAGACUCGGAGUCCUCAGAAGUUUAUGUACCAUCGGGCUACCUCGGAUGCUAUAUAGACAAAGUCGAACGCAUUUUGUCUCACCGAAUGCCAAAUUUCGCAAACAACACUGGAGAUCAGUGCAAACAACGAUGCGAGGCUGCGGGAUACAGAUAUGCUGGAACAGAGUACACGGACCAAUGUUUCUGUGGAAACGUCAUAAAAGAAUACCCAAAAGGGUCAGAGUGUACAGCUAAAUGUCCUGGAAAUAAGGACGAGAUGUGCGGAGGGACGUGGCACAUUUCCUUAUACGAUACACAGGAAAACGACGAGUCUGAAGACUCGGAGUCCUCAGAAGUUUAUGUACCAUCGGGCUACCUCGGAUGCUAUAUAGACAAAGUCGAACGCAUUUUGUCUCACCGAAUGCCAAAUUCAGCAAACAACACUGGCGAUCAGUGCAAACAAAAAUGCGAGGCUGCCGGAUACAGAUAUGCUGGAACAGAGUAUACUGUGGAAUGUUUCUGUGGGAAUGACAUAAAAAAAUAUCCAAAUGGUUCAGAGUGUACAGCUAAAUGUCCUGGAAAUAAGGACGAGAUAUGCGGAGGGACGUGGCACAUUUCCUUAUACGAUACACAGGAAAACGACGAGUCUGAAGACUCAGAUUCACAAGAGAGUGGUAAGCAUUCUAUAAUUUAG